AGGACUCAGGUGUGAUGGACCUGGUGCAUGAUGGGAUGUACCAGCCGCUCACGCUCUUCCUGCCGUCAGACGCCAUCAUGGCGUCUCUGCCUCAGCAGCAGAAGGAUUUCCUGUUCCACCGCGACAACCGCCCUCAGCUGGUGGAGUACCUGAAGUACCACAUCCUGCACAGCCAGAAGAUUUACGCUGAAGGUUUGAUCUAUCUGGAUUCGGCUCGGACACUGCAGGGUUCGCCGCUCUCCUUUGUCUGCGGAGGGACAGACGACAUCGGAGAAAUCUUCGUUAAUGACGGGAAGUGUCGCAUAGUUCAGAGACACCUUGUCUUUAAUGGUGGGAUUGCCUACGGGAUUGACUGCCUUCUGACUCCGCCCAGCCUCGGAGGACGCUGUGAUGACCUGAUGACCUUUGAUCUCCGGGUAAAUCCUCAC